UCGGUGCCUCAGUGUAGCGUUGGAAUGCCUUCAACUACGUUCAGGAUAGAUCGUGCUCAAUAAUUACAGUUUAGUGAACGCGCUAUCAGAAUAACUCCGUAGAUGUUCGAGUUCCGGUUGUGAACAGAACACAGACGCAUAUGAGACUGUACGGAGAAGCCCGCUAUCAUCGUAGAGGCGUAGGAAGCCCUUCGUAUUUUGCGGUGUGCCCUGCAAUGGAUUCGCUUAAUUCCAUUUCGGAGCGACAAUCCUUCUUUGCAAGACUUGCAACAGAGGGCUACAAAGAAGGCCACGCGUUGCGAGAUCUCAUCGAGGAAUGCUUCAGCGAUGAAGACAUCAGGAAACACAGACAAAGUGGCUCCGAAGCAAGAAGAUGAUACCCAGGUGUCUAUGUUCCAUUUCACCUCAAAAGGUCGAAUGCUAAAGCAUAACACGACAUCGAGGAAGCUUCAUCCACUUGAGAAGAAAUACUUGCUAGCUGCGGAGCAUGGAGACAUACCGACUGUACAGAAGAUCUUGGACCUGGCCAAGUCGCGCGCAGUGCCCGACCUGGACAUCAACUGCUCCGAUUCCUUGGGACGGACGCCCGUCCUCAUGGCUAUCGAAAACGAGAAUCUUCCGCUGCUGGAAAUCCUCCUAGCAGCAAACGUUGAAGUUAGAGAUAGUUUAUUACAUGCCAUCAACGCAGAGUACGUGGAGGCUGUUGAGCUUCUUCUUGACCACGAAGAGUUAACGCAUGUUGAAGGAGAACCUUAUAAUUGGGAGAAAGUAAAUGCCAGCACAUCUACGUUCAACCCGGAGAUCACGCCACUUAUUCUGGCAGCGCACAGGGACAACUACGAGAUCCUGAAGCUUCUCCUGGACCGCGGUGCUACGCUGCCCAUGCCGCAUGACGUCCGUUGCGGAUGCGAGGAAUGUGUAACGGCUGUGAGGGAAGAUUGCUUGCGUCACUCGCGUUCACGCAUCAACGCUUACAAGGCACUGUCUUCCCCGUCCCUCAUGUGCCUGUCCAGUGUAGAUCCAGUGUUGACUGCUUUCGAACUUAGUCUAGAGCUGAAGAGGCUCAGCUACGUCGAGAACGAGUUCAAAGUCGAUUAUAAGAAAUUACAACAUCAGUGCCAAGAAUUUGCCAUGUCAUUGCUGGACCAUAUUCGAACAUCAUCAGAACUGGCAACCAUUUUAAACCACGACUUCGUCGAAAGAGAAAAAGAUGAUGAAGACGAAAUGACACUUGCCAGACUAGAACUUUCGAUUGAACAUCAACAGAAAAAGUUCGUUGCCCACCCCAAUGUGCAACAGCAGAUGAGCGCGCUGUGGUACGACGGCCUGCCUGGGUUCCGAAGGAAGAGCAUCUAUCGCCAAUGCUUGCAGAUCUUAACAAUUGGAAUGUUAUUUCCCUACUAUUCGUUCAUGUACAUAUUCUUCCCACGAACAAAAAGUGGCAAGAUAGCCAAAAAGCCCUUCGUCAAAUUCAUCGUGCACGCUUUUUCCUACCUCUUCUUCCUGCUUCUGUUAAUCUUAGCUUCUCAGCGGGUCAAUCUAGAGGGCCUUCACGGUGGUAUGGAUGGCGAAGAAAGCACUGCACAGAAGCAAAGGGGACAGCCACCUUCUCUCGUUGAAUUAGCCAUUCUUGUGUAUGUCAUAGCGCACUUGAGAGAAGAAAUAGGUGAAGUAUUGAGCAACGGCAUCGGCAAGUAUUUUCGAGACAGUUGGAACAUCCUGGAUUCUCUAAGAAACGUCCUCUAUAUUCUCGCUGCUCUUCUACGUUUCCUCGCAUACAUUCAAGCAAGGCAAGAAAUCCGAGCGAGUCCACUGAACGAGUAUCUGCCUCGGGAACAAUGGGAAGCAUUCGAUCCCACGCUGGUAGCAGAAGGCUUGUUCGCGGCUGGAAAUAUAUUUUCCGCUCUUCGUCUAGUACACCUGUUCUCGAUGAACCCUCACCUUGGUCCUCUCCAAAUAUCUCUCGGAAGAAUGGUUAUAGACAUCAUCAAGUUCUUCUUCAUCUACACUCUAGUUCUAUUUGCAUUCGCCUGCGGCCUCAAUCAAUUGCUCUGGUAUUAUGCCGACUUGGAAAGGGGAAACUGUAAUCCUGAGAACCAGAGGGACUCGGCUUGUCUCACGUGGAGACGAUUCUCAAAUCUGUUCGAAUCGUCUCAGUCGCUGUUCUGGGCCAGCUUUGGUCUGGUGGACCUGUCCAACUUCGAACUGGCAGGCAUCAAGAGCUACACACGAUUUUGGGGUCUUUUGAUGUUCGGAUCGUACAGCGUUAUCAACAUCGUUGUCUUGUUGAACCUCCUCAUAGCCAUGAUGAGCAAUUCCUUCCAGACCAUCUCUGAACGAGCUGACACCGAAUGGAAAUUUGGCCGCGCCAAACUUAUCCUGAAAUACUUCCAGCCAGGACAAACAUUGCCACCACCUUUCAAUUUGCUCGAAUUUGUCCGUCAACUUACGAAAGCCCUCACUUGCAAAGGGAUGAAAAGGUCGAAAGCCAAGGUUUAUUUCCAGGAGAAGCCGAUUCAGAAGAAGGGGGACACUAGCUACCAGGAUGUGAUGAGAAGUCUCGUGUGGAGAUACGUGACAAGUGAACAGAGCAAGCACGAACAGGCUCCGGUUACCGAAGACGACGUCAAUGAACUCAAACAACAGAUUACAUCCUUCCGCUACGACCUGCUCGAUGUCCUCAAGGACAACGGCAUGAAGAUCGGCAAGGUGCACAGACGAAAAGCCGAAAGUUCAUCCAACAAGAAGGUUCGUGUGCGAGAACGCCGCCUCCUGAAAGACUUCAGCAUCACCCUGGUGGACGCCGCGGACAGCACCCUCGACAGCCCUUCUUCGAAACGAGGAAGCGUAGCCGAAUCCUUCGACAGCGACGAAGGCGGCGGAGAAGGGAAACCAAGCUACAGCCGAGUGCUCCAACGCUGGCGAGACCUCGUAAAAGCCAUGCAGGUCUCCCCCAUCGGAACCGCCAGGAACCUGACCAUGCCCACAAGGACGUGCAUCUUACGAGAGCGCCUGGAGCGCCAAGUCAGCGGAGAAAUAGACGUCAGUCUCUGUAACAAUUUAGUCGCACAGCAAAAGAACGCCUUGACUAUACCGGAAGUGAGGAGUAGGGAGACGAGCAGGGAAGCCAGUCCCGCGAGGGGAGACUUGAAGAGCGAGGGUUCUGGAAAAGAGGAAGCUAAGCCUGGUACGGGAGAUGGAGGGGAAGCAGCAGGGAAGAAAUGUGAUGACAGGAAGGGUGGGAAAACGGAAGUGCACGCUAUUGAUAUUGAACCGAGUCCGGAGGACAAGGCCGAGGGUGUGAGGGGAAGAAAAGUGGAGAGGAGCAAACCUGUGAAGAGGGAGUGGUACUAGGUUAGAAUCAGUUUUGGGCAGCGUAGGCACAUCAGUGUGGUUCAGCCAUCGGGUAUAACUUGACUUUCCGCGGUGUUCAAGAAGGAAUGUAAAUAACGACGAAAUCGUGGUGAUAGAUAAGACAUAGCCCUGCGCCGAAGAGAGCAAAUGGAAACCGAAACCAGAGGAGCAGUGAGCUUCGUGGAAAUCGCAGGCGACAUACCGAAUUGUAUGUUGCAAAUAAAUCAAGAUAUAGAAUGACGUCAAAUUACAUCCCUUAGCAACUACAUGUUACUCUCGUGAUCAGUUACACAUUGUAGGGGCACAAUUGACACUUAACAGAUGUAUGGGUUGAAAACUAUUCGCGACUCCAGCGAAGCCGUAGCCGCCUGACGGCAACUUAGAAAAGCUGCGAGUGCAGGUUCGAAAUCGCGUCGGGGCAGGGAAGCAGUACAGCGGUACACGAAACAGGAAACAGGAAUUUUGCAUUUCUUCAUGCUGAAUUUAUUCUUAGCAUGUUGAAAAUAUGCCACGCUUUCUUUUUAUCAUUUCCUGAUCAAGAAAAACGGAACGAAAUUCUCAUAUGUAUCGCACAUUCGUACAUGUAUCGCACCAUCGCACGAAUUUCGUGACCGACUGUGUCGCCGCGGUUUCAUCUUAAACCUUCAGAAUACACGACAAGGAACCGGCAUUUCUUUGUCUUGAAGCACGUCAAUUUAUGCAUUUGAAAAACAAACAGAUUAACACAACUCGGUCGACACCGCAGUCCAUAGGCUCGCAUUGCUCGGGAGACCUGCGCUCGUCCGCCAUCUUGGCAGUGCCGUGUAUGCCAAAGGGAGUCUGGUCAUUAAGAGGAGCCUAAAAAAGAGGCUCGACCCGUCAAUCAAACUUAGGCGCAUUUCAUUGGUUACCGUUUUCCAUGGGAGCUGCCAUGACACCAAAUUUUCUCCAAGAUGGAGGAUGGUGCUUGGAACGGCGAAGCGGAGAUUUCGCGACAAAAAAUUUUCACAGACUACUUUAGUUUCAUACUGUAAGUAUAUAUCCUCAUAUGCGCAUCUGCAAAAUCAGCUUCAGCUUUCGCUCCACCAUCAUUAUUUACGCGAAAAUGGGAUGUUUCGUCGCCAACGUUAGGAGACCGUGAUACCAAGAAAGUAGCAAGAAAGACGACCCUUACACGUAGGAGGUUGCUUUUUAUAGUUGCAUUUUAUUUAUACACACAUCUUUCCCCAUUUUUGAUUCGAUCUACUUACAUUGCGUGAUUUAAAACUUCAUACAGGCAGUCGUCUGCUACGAAGAAGCGGUUGUACAGCUCUCCUUGCCAGUCAUUUCUGCCAGCAACAAUUCCUGCAAUACUGAGCCUUCCCAACAUGCCUCUCUCCAUGCAGAUGGCGUUGAUAAAAGUGGGUGCGAAAUCCGUCGUUUUGGUUUGUCACUAGUGAUAUCCGUGUCAAUCCAAAUCAAUCGAGUUUUUCCAAAAUGGUGGCACCCAGUAAACAAGGGUGAGGUAUAAGUACUGGAUGGAUGUAGUAAUAGACAACUGUAUUUCGACCUAUGGUUGGCUAGAUACCUCAAAAAGUGGGUGAAGCCUCAGGUAUAGGCAGGUCCCAUUAAUGGCCAGACUCCCUUUGGCAUACACGGCACUGCAUCUUGGAAAUUCGGUGCGCCACCUAUAGUUCACUGGAGUCGCGAAUAUUACCCGCAUGUGGCAGUGUGCGGGCACGGUGGUACACAUGCCGCAUAAGUAGAGAUUGUGAGGGUAAGCAAAAGGAACAAGAAAUAAUAUGUACAGCGUACAACCGUACUCUUCCGACAAAACACACUCGAAAUGGCUUACGUGCACAUGCCUUACGUCCUUGAAGUCAGCGGAGAGGCUAGGGUGGCAGCAGUAUCGACAACAUUAAUACUGGCAACUAUUUAUAAUAACAAUGUAUUAUGAAUAAAUGUUAUGUUCUUAUCAGUUACA